AUGGUGACAGCUACCGGACCUACGUUGAAUUCUUCCGAAGACAAGGUGCGCGUCAGCGGGCGCGGCGUCGACCAGCACAAGCGCGACGAUGAAGGACACUGUGGUGCCGGUGGCGACGACAGGGCUAAAACACGAUCUAAGAAAGCUCGUCAUGUGUGUCGUGUCACCAUUCUCGAUGGAUCGACGAUCGAAGUCGAGCUCGGGAAAGGUCCAACUGGUCGUGACGCAUUUGAUGAAGCUGCGAAGAAACUAAAUCUUCUCGAAAAAGAUUAUUUUGGUCUUUGCUAUCCUGAUGCCCAGAAUCGGCGUGUAAUGUUUUGA